AGCUUUUAAUUAUCUCAUAGGCGCUAUUUAUAUUUAUAAAAAAAUGCUAUUGUGAAGUAUUAAAUAAAUAAAGAGUAUCCCCGUACUCUUCCGCUCAUCAUGCAGCUGCAGGUCAGCUGUUCAUGUACGAGAAUGGGAAGAGGCGGAGAUCACUAAUGUGUGUUCUUUGUAGACAUACGAACAGGAAAAAAAAAAGUUGUAAUUUAAAUCUAUUAAAAUCGGUGUUUUUGCAAUUAAUUUUUGCAAAUUAAAUUGCUGCAAUGCCUAGGGGCUAUACUGCAGAUGACGGUGAAGAGGAUAUGGACGUGGAAGUCGAAUUAUUAAUCGACUCGCAGCCAUUAGCGCCUGCGCCCACGCCAUCGAAAGUGCCGGUGAAGAAAAAUGUGGUUAUGGCACAACCAUCAACAUCUCGAGCAGCGGCUCAGUUAUUAAAAUCAAAAGCUUCAACUUCAGCGCAAACAUUGGUCGCUGACUAUUUUAAAGCUAAAGAUGCUAUUAAAAGUGGCGCGAAGCCACUUGCAAACGAAAGAGCAGCAAAGAGGACUGCGGAGAAAGGCGACAGCCCCAAGAAGAAGACUGCGCAGCUGUGCGCAGUUGAUCUGGAUGGCAGUGACGAGGACUGCCUGCCAAUUGACGACUUAAUACGGACCACCAGGACUGAGGACACGCAGCGAGAGGCAACUUGCCUUGCCAAUGAAGUUUGUACAGCUGCAAAAGUGCAAACUAUGCCACCUAAUGCUGCCGCUGCAGCUGCUACUACUGCUGCCGCUGUUACUGCUGCAGCCGCUGCCACUACAACCGGAGCCAGCCGUGCGCAACCGAGUGCAAAGCCAGCGCCGCUAUUUAUCGCCAACGUGACGGAUAUUAUGCCUCUGCUAAUACGCCUGGAUGACGCUAUUGGCCAGGACAAUUACUCCACCAAGCCUGCUGCUAACCACGGCAUUCGUGUCCAGUGCAAGGACGUCGCCACGCACCGCAAGCUGCAAGCCCCCCCUCAGUCACGACCGCAAACUGUUAGUGCAGGGCCCAGUUAUUCGGCUGCUCUUCGGGCGGGCCUUCAAUUUGCUCAGCCUGUCGGACCGGCAGCUAUUAGCAGCAAACAGCGUCAGUCUAGGCAAAAAGCCACCAAAGUUAGCCAGCAACAACAACAACAGCAGCAACAACAACAACAGCAACAAGUUCGUUUGCCUAGGCAGGCAAGUGCGCAGCGGCCGCCGCAGCCAAAACGUAGCCGUAGUCUGAGUACGCGCCGUAGGCAUCCGCAACCAAUAGAUGGGGGUGCGCAUCCAGCUAGUGGGGGUGUUCAUUUUCAACGUUUCGAGCAGCCAAUGAAUGCGAAUGUGCCAAGUAUGCCAGUGCAAGUUAGCUUUAGAUUAGAGGCUAAAAUAGACAAACUCAUUGAGAUGAUGACCACACUCACGGCCUGCCUGUUGGCCCAAUUUGGUCCCAAUGAGCGCUUAAAUGUCUAACAAUGUAACUAC